GGGAAGGAGGGCUCUUUCAACAGGAGGGAGGACGCUGGCUCAAGAGAAUGUGGAAAGACAACGCAUGGGCUGAACCAGGCGGAAUCAGAGGAUCGAUGCGCAAUGGCCCCACGAACUGUUCGGAGAGACACCAUCCCGUCGCCGAUGGUUUUGCGCCCGCAAGAAUCGUGGGCGAUGGCUGGGGGGCCAAGAAGUGGCCCCAGAAGGGAAGCCACAUCGUGAACAGCAAGCCCAACCAAUCCUCAACCGUGACGACGUUUGGAAAGGACAAGAGGAAGGGAGCGCCGGUCAACCUCAGACCCGGCUGCUGGAGGGGGAACUGUCCUUUCCCGCACGGAGAGGAUGGAAGAGAAGAUCUCUUGCACGGACUUCCUUACGAUGGGGUCUCCAAGGGAUUGAGCAGAGGAAGAGUCCUUCGGCUACAUGGCCCUCAUGCCAAGAUGCCAUGGACUGUUGGAGGACGCUCAAGAACCCAUCGCAUAGAGACUCCAUGGGCUGGAUAUGCUGCUUUCAACCCUUACUUCUGAGACUGCAACAAGAGCACCAUGUGUAGGGAGCGAGGACUGAUGCCGUGAAGGAGAUGAGGUGGGAAACAUCAUGUUUUAUGUUGAUUAAUCGCCUCCGACCUGAGUAUACCUGGCUCGUUCUCGCUGCAAUUUCUUGUUGGAAACCUUGCGAAGGGAGAAGAUGAGCGUGCGCUG